AUGGUACAGGAGGGCUUAGGACAGAGCCAGAGGGAAUUCCAGCAGAUAAUCCAGGAGAGAGAGAAGGACCUACACCAGCUAAGGAAAGCUAUGGAGUCUCUCAAGUCCUCUGCACAGACAGCAGUGGAGGAGAGCGAGAAGAUAUUUACAGAGAUGAUCCGCUCCAUGGAGAGAAGGCGCUCGGAGGUGAAAGAGCUGAUCAGAGCUCAGGAGAGGGUGGAGAUGAGUCGGGCUGAAGAACACCAGGAGGAACUUGAACAGGAAAUUGCUGCCCUGAAGAGGAGAGAUUCUAAGAUGAGGCAGCUGCUUCUGACAGAAGAUCCUAUCCAUUUCCUCAAGAACAUUGCGUCUAUCACUGGUGAUUCUUGCAGCACUGCUGGGUCCAGAAAGCCCUUCAUCCAAAAUGUCGUCUUUGAGUCUGUGAUGGAAUCUGCCUCUGAACUGAAGAGGCAGCUACAGGAAAUAAUCUAUUCAAUCUUCAAGCAGGAAAAAGUGAAGAUAUAUUCAGUGUCUGAUGUCCAAGCUCUCAUUGCUGAACCUGUCACCAGAGAAGACGUCUUAAAAUAUUCCCGCCACUUCACUCUGGAUCCAAACACAGCACACAAACUCCUCAACCUGUCUGAAGGCAGCAGGAGGGUGGAGUGGAGGGAUGCCGUCCAGUCAUGCCCACCUGCUCAUCCGGACAGAUUCCUUUUGCAUAGGCAGGUGCUGUGCAGAGAAGGUGUUUCUGGAGGACGCUGCUACUGGGAAGUGGAGUGGAGCGGGAGGUGGCUUUCCAUAGCAGUGUCCAGCAAAAGCAUCAGCAGAAAAGGAUGGGGCCCUGUUUACGGACCAUCGGUGUUUGAAGUUCUACACGAUCAUGUCAUUGACGUCUACAAGUUUGCUAAGAAGCGCUAA